GAUACCGAGGAGAAAAGAAUACAGUUCUGUAUUUAAGAAUUAGUAAGGUUUUAGAAAAAAAUACGGACUACAAAUGAGGAAAGAAAGAAAAGUGACACAAUUGAUGGGACAAUAUUUGGAGGAACAUUUCCAAAAUUAUAAGGCGAUUACAAGCGGGGGAAGGGCAGAAGGCUCCAUGCUGGGUCCUCAAAGCGAUUCGGACGUAAUGGGAGUUAUUGGUCGGUAUUUGGUUGUCAACAAUGAUAAUAUUAGAAAUAAAACUAACGUAUGUUUUUUGGUUGACAGGAUAGGAUGUUACCCAGGCUAUUGUAAACUUACACUUUCACCUGAUCAAUACUGUGAAUUUGAAACUCCCAGUGAAGACAAUUAUAUUGACAACGGGAUAAGAAGAAGUAUAGUAUAUUCCGAAACUAGCUACUUGUCUAGUGAAAUGUUCAAUCGACAUGUCAUUCCUCCAAAUUUAAUUCCAGCGGAUAAUCUUAGAGAUUCGUCCGUUCAGAUUAAUGGUCCAGCGAAAACAAACAAGAAUGUUGACUAUGUGCAAGCUUUUGAAAUGGAGACAUGGCCAGAAGAAGCCAAAAAGUGGAGGUCACGCAAAAGAAGAAAUAAUUGGCCAAGUGAAAAAAUACUUGACAGACUUGAAAAAGAAGUUUCUUGUUAUGUCGUUCCGACUGGAAACAAAACCUCUUCAGAGUUUGACCUAGAGUGGAGACUAUCUUUUGUUGAACUUGAACGAGAAUUAAUAUGGAGCAUGAACGAUACACAGUUUAAGUCUUAUGUUUUGUUAAAACUUGUCAAAAAGCAUUAUUUUGAUGAUAAUACUAUUCUUAAAGAAAUAUCAUCAUAUCACAUGAAAAACAUUGUUUUUUGGAUGUGUGAAGAGCUUCCCGAGAGUGAAUGGAUUCCGGAAAAUUUGCUGUCUUGCGUAAAAUCCGGACUUAAGAUGCUUGAACUCUGUAUUCAGCAUGGGAAUAAUGCAACUUACUUUGUACCGGAAAAUAACUUAUUUCACGCUAUGACAUUUUCACCAAAGGAGAAGGAAGAUGCGAUUAUUAUGCUUCAAAAUAUUUGCAAUGUUUUGCUAGAGAAUUUUCUUAAUUAUUAUAGUUUGUUUGUUGAAAAUCUUCAAUUGAAUUUAAUUGAUGUACCUAGUGAAGUGUGUGCCUAUACGGACAGAUGCAACAUAGUGUUAGGUUAUUAUAUAACUGCCCAAGAUAUUAGUUUCAUAAGCAAUUUUCAAACAAGAUUUUCAGAAGCUGAUCUGCUUUUUCCAAGCAUUCAUGUUGCUAAGGCAUUAGCUCCGUUGAAGCUCCGUUGCAAUACACCUUUCACUUUUGACGAAGACAGAAUGGUUGAAAAAGCAGUGGAGUCGAUCAAAACAGGGCAUGAUAUGGACUACCUGACUGUUACAAUCUAUAUCGAUAUUGUUUACUUCAUGCACAACAAAAACGACAAAGUUAUAAAGGUGCUGAAACCAGUUUUGUCGGAAAAACUCAACAAGUUAUAUAUUUCUAGCCUAGGGGUUGCUACAUAUAUCAACUUGAAUUCUGGUGAAAUGAUAAAUACAUGCGACGACGCAAAUUGCAAAGUUAAAGACAUCAGGCGUGACCGUAGAAACCUUGUGAUGCAUUUCAAUAUAGAAUAUCACCGGAGAGACAUUUUACCAUAUCCCUUCAGUUUACUGUUAUAUAUCACUGGGCGGAGAGCAAUAUAUGGUUGUAAUCCAGUAGUUGUGAGUUAUUACCUUCUCUAUGUGUCAGAAUUCUUGUGUAGUUCAAGUACAACGAAGGAAACAAGACGUUUGUUUGAAGAAGCAGUAAUGAAUAGCAACCAUCAGCGGAACUACUUUUUACAUCUUGCCCUACUGGGCUAUGGUUACUAUGUUACUGGGGAUAACGAGGCUGCAUACAAAUAUUAUGCAAAAUCUUUGAUUAGACACCCUUCAUCAACGUCGCUGUGUAUCUUCUGGCAAUCUUACUGAAUGAUGUGUACAGGAAAACUAAACAUAUAUAAAGACAUGAACAUUCAUUGGCAAAACCACAACCUUUUCCAAAUUAUAUUUCAUGUUUAAAAUAUUUAUGUAAUAUCAUGCAUGUAAUGCUUACUCAACAAUUGUUAUUCAUUACGAAUAAAUUAACUACUCUUUUGCUCACUUUAUUUUAAUUUAGGCCGAUCGCAGAAUUAUUCAGUUCAAGACAUUAGAUAUAUAAGUCAUUUAUAUCUUAUUAUAAAAAUAACGGCUUAACCUUCUUCAGCAAUAUAUUCUCGCAAUUAAAAGUAUGAGCUAUAUUUCCGCAUUUGACUGUAUGUUAAAUAUACUACAUAAAAAUGUUGAAUUAAGCGACCAAUCUUCUUACACAGAAAAAUAUUAAAUAUAGAGCACACACUGAACGAGUCAUUAAGCCCUAAUAAAGUCAAAACAUAUACAUGGAAAAUAAUUUUACAUAGAAUACCAACAUCAUUAUUCAAAAAUAUAAAUAAGAUCUGGACAGUGCACGGCACAUUAACUUUAUUUCAAGGAUAAAACGUAAGUUUUUAUUAAUCAGACAUUAAAUCAAGAGCAUAAAGUUAAAACAUUCGGGGGUGAAUUUUACUAUUUCUCAUUAUUUAUUAUGUUAUGUUAUGUUACGUUAUGUCUUUCAUAUUUCUAGACAGCAAGUAUGACAACAGUAUCCCCUGUUUCGACACCAUUCUGUUUUAUUCAAGGAAGUCUGACAAUUGACAAGUUCCUGUCAAGUGCUUGCUUUUGAAUGCAAUUUGAAAAACCAUAAAUCUACGCACAUGUCGAUGCGGUUUAGAAUGUCGCUGACAU